GGUGCAUUAUGACUCGCUGGCCCCCUCCAUUCCUUCGCCUUCGCAGGGCAUAUAAAGUCGUCGCUGCACCUCGUGUCUUCCAUUCUCAGACCAGAGACACCUAGGACUGGCUAUCCUACUUCCCCAGGGACACCAGAGGCAUCAUGGCGCCCAAAACCUUCUUCCUUGCGCUCCUGUCCACCCUGACUCUGGGGCUGGCUGCUUCCGUCCCGCAGACUGACUAUGAAGUGAUCGUCAUCGGCGGAGGGCCUGCCGGUCUCAGCGCCAUCAGCAGUCUGUCCAGAGUCCGUCGUCGGACUAUCUUGUUUGACUCGGGCGAGUACCGCAACGCUCCGACCCGGGAGAUGCACGAUGUGAUCGGCAAUGACGGCACACCUCCCGCAGACUUCCGCGGUCUUGCGCGCGAGCAGAUUCUCAAAUACGACACGGCUACGAUCGUCGACACGGCCAUUGCCGCCGUGUCGCCCGUGAGCGACACAUCCAGCAACACCACCUACUUCCGGGCGCAGGACGUGAACGGAACGGCGUACACGGCGCGGAAGGUGGUGCUCGCGACGGGGCUGGUGGACGAGAUCCCCGACGUGCCGGGGCUGCAGGAAGCGUGGGGCAAGGGCGUGUACUGGUGUCCGUGGUGCGACGGCUACGAGCACCGCGACCAGCCGCUGGGCAUCUUGGGCGAGUUACCGGACGUCGUCGGCAGCGUGCUGGAGACGCACACGCUCAACACGGACGUGAUCGCCCUCGUCAACGGCACCGACACCCCCGCCUACGAGGCCGCCCUGGCCUCCAAGUACCCUGACUGGCGCGCCCAGCUGGCGGCCUGGAACGUCACCGUCGACAACCGCAGCAUCGCCUCCAUCGAGCGCCUGCAGGACGGUGCCGAGAAUCGCUCUGACGACGGCUCCGCCAUGCUGGAUGUCUUCCGCGUCUGGUUCACCGACGGCGACAGCCUCGUCCGCAACGCCUUCAUCACGAAUUACCCCACCGCCCAGCGCAGCGACAUCCCCGCCCAGCUCGGCGUCAAGAUGGACGGUACCAAGAUUGAUACGGCGGAUUAUUCCGGCAUGCGCACCAGUAUCGCUGGUGUGUUUGCCGUCGGCGACUGUAACAACGAUGGCAGCACCAAUGUGCCCCAUGCCAUGUUCUCGGGCAAGCGCGCCGGUGUCUAUAUUCAUGUGGAAAUGGCUCGCGAGGAGUCGGCUGCCGCUAUUGGGAAACGUGGUGAAUCUGCCUUCUCGCGGAGGGAAAUGGAGAAGCAGACUGUCCGGAUGGUGGGCGAUGAGAUGGAGAAGUUGUGGAAGCGUGUGCUCGAUUCGCGGAAGUGA